CCCUCCCUCCCCCCCCCUCAGUGACCUACAUACGCUCGCCCCUUCGUGUGCAAUCCCACACGGCAUCCCGCCCGGCGACCAUGACCAAUUUCCGUGGCGUGCUCAACAACCCCGAUCCAUUGAACAAGGUUCUCUUCGCCCUACGGGACAUCGGUCGAACUGUGUCCAUCUUUUUCUCGUCGCACGAGACAACCAUCUACUCGCUGGAGAAAGCUGGUGUUCGUGCGGUUGCCAAGUUUCAUCCUCAAGAGCUCUUCAGCUCUUUCCAGCUGAUUGACUGUCCUGGAGGCGUGCUGGCCGUCGAGGCAUCCUGUCAGGAUCUUCUGGUGGUUCUCCAAUCAUCACUUCACAGUCGGCGUUCUUGCACCAUACAACUCCAAUGGCAAGGACAUCAGCUGCUCAUGCACUUCACCAUCCAAAAGGACAGCCUGGUGUCGGCCAAUGGGGCAGAGCGCCUGCGCACCGUGACCCACAGUGUGCCAGUGUAUUUCUGGGACGCCGAACGGUGCCUUGCCUUCGCGUCGUCCCUCCCGGAACCAUACCCCGAGAUCUCGUUCGAAAGGGAGGAUCUGGCCGUCAUGAAGCAGACAAUCGACAAGCUUGCUCGGCUGGACCGAUAUGUCGAGCUCUCGCUCCGGGAGAGCGGGUGUCUGUACCUGGCCUCGCGCAAUCACCACGUCAUGGUGCAGGUCAUUUUCAACAUCAAAAAUCAGGCCUAUGCCGAAGACAUCCCACAGCAUCAGGAGUACUCCCUGACGCUGGAUGCUCGGGAUUUGCAGCGGGUUUUCAGCUCAACAUACGUUAAUCCGCAUAAGCUGGUCUUCGGUUCGUGGCCCUGCUGCCGACAUCUCCCUCCCUACAGCCUCCUCCCUAUCCUCCUUCGCACCUUUGACUGACAAUUUCGCAAUCGCAGAACUCCAGGGAGACAUGGCUGUCAUUACGGCGGUGGUGGAAGACGAGUUUCUCACGCGAAGCUCUCAACUCGAGCGGCUACGCUAUUUCCUCCCUGUUGCCUCGCCGGAUGCCCAAUAAUAGCAUUGGCCUGCUGGCUUGUCCUCGUGCACACUUCCGACACCCCCCGCUGGAAUGCGAGGGCGGGGCCAAGGGAGGGAGAGCGAUCUCAGGAGACUGGGUGAAUUGGUG